AUGGGUGGAGGCAGCAAGAAGAAUCGACGCAAGAACCCUGCGGACGACAAUGGAGUCGAUCUCCUCACUCUUGCCUUCAAUAUACCCACGCGCCGUGACUUUGAACGUGUAGAGAGAGAGGUGGCCCAGCAUGAGAUCCACAGGCAGGGCGUCCGAGUCCAGUACGACGCCUCCGAGGACGAGGCUUCUCUCCUUUCUCAACCAAACAUCGCCAGACCAGACACUCCCGACGCCGACGAGACGCCAAAGGCUCGCAACUUCUUCAAGCCUCGCCAGCAACAGCAGCAGUCCAAGGAACAAACAGCCACCGCUGAAACUUCGUCUCCCAACGAGCAUCCGAAGCCCUCCAACCAAGAGCCACCGACCAUGCGACGAGCGUCGAAGCGGGAGUCCAAGAGCUCCAAGGCUCGCGAGAGGGCUUCCUCAAGCCCAGCCUCGUUCAGGGCUCCUGCUCCCGCCUUCGCCAUCCCGGCUUCGGCCACGUUCCCUCGCGCAGUCCCCGGUUUCACCCAGCAAGGAGCUAAUGUUGCUGCUCCAGACGCUUACAGCAUGCCACCUCUUCCCGGCAUUGGCGGAGGAGCGCAGCCGCAGCAGUACUAUCAGCCUGUGUUUGCUUAUCCCGCGGUUUCCAUGUACCCUCCUCCGGCCCCCUUCUACUCGCCUGUAUACAGUGAUGCUGUUGCUGGUGGCCAUCAACAUGUACCCCGUCCCACGACCCCGAAGCCCUCUGCCACUACUCACGCUUCCCCCCAACCGCCCAGCUUGACUUCUCAGCAAGUCCAGGAUAUCCAGAACCAGAUCGACCAAGUUUCCAUGAAGCUUUCUCAACAUCCAGAGGACAGUGCCUUGAAGAGCACCUUGUCGACUCUGCAGACCGAACUCAACACCAAAUUGAAUUCGCUACUAGGCAUAGAGACUGGAAAGCAGUCAAAGGCUUCGGACGUCUCUGUGCCUCACGAUGUGAAGCCCAAGGCCUCUCAGCCGCCACACGCUGCUGCUACAAAGCAAGACAAGAGUCACAAAAGAGGAGUUCGCCAUCACUUGUGUACUGGCUGCGGCACUGUUCGCUCUCUCGACUAUCACAACAAGCACCCCAUCAUCCCAGGCGGCAACCCUUCCAUGAAUUAUUGCGAAGACUGCUUUGAAGGAAAAGUCGAAAAUGGAGACCUGAAGCAUCACUUCUGCUAUGGCUGCGGAACUGCUAGGUCGAAGGAGUUUCAUCACAACCAUCCAAUCUCGGAGGGCGAUCGCCCUUUUCCAAACUACUGCUCGGCUUGCGUUGAGGAAGUUCGAUCUGCCGAGACCAUUGCUGACGUCUCCAUGGUCAACUUCAAUCCUGGAAACCGUUCCACCAAGAACGGUGCAUCGUAUGAUGGCGCCACGCGCAAUCAUUCUCUGAGAAACAAGUCCACCAGUCCCUUUGGACCUGUUCAGGAGACGAGCGACGAGGAGCAUCAGCCAGACGUCCUGUUGUUUUCGGCACACAGCGACGCGAGCGAACGAGUCCACUCUCGAGACCACAAGAAGAUCCCACACCCGCUGAAGCUGUCAACGAGCAGUCCCCAGCUGAGCCCCUCGAACUCUUCGCCCGACUCUCCGUACUACCCAGUUCGCAAUGCCGGAACAACCAACAGGCGCGCGCAGAGGAGCCCGCUGACGGGCCCCGGCAGCCCAUACUGCAGCUCCCCCGAUACUCCAACCACGCCCAAGUAUCAGCCCCCUUAUGUCGAGGAUGUGGUGUCGCCCACCCAGGAAACGAAGCCGCCCUUUGAAGAUGAGCAGAUCAACCCGACUACCGCUGGCAGAGGGCAGCCUCAGGAUGAGCGCCUUCACCACUCUACAAAGGCUGCCAAACCUGGUAGUCCCCAGGAGGCAUCUGACGGUUCCACAGAGGGACAUACUUCCACCAAUAGCUCGGCGCAGUCCAUCGGAAGCAAGUCUGUCAAGUUCAGGUCGAAAGUUGACGUUCGUCUCUCCGACUCCCGUACAUCGAGCAAUGCCUCGUCGCAUGCACAGAUUGUCGAAGAAGACAUCAAACCAGACGAAGACACUAUACCCAGCCGUGUGGGCAUAUACGGAACCUCGCCAGUCAAGUCAUCGGACGGCUUUUAUCCAAAGUGUCACGGCGUAGCAUCUCCUCCUGUCGUAGGAGACGGAUCGAGUGAAGAAGCCAUCCCGGAGAGAAGCUACAGGGGAGCCUUUUCCAAGGACAGCCCCACGGGUUCGUGGAUGCCUCCUACGUCCAAUGCCGGAGAUCAAUCAUACUAUAACCCCUAUGCAUAUUACAAUACUGCGUCACCCAGCACAGAAAGCUUCACGGGAUAUCGACCUGGCGCCCGCUCAACCUUCAACUACGGCUCUGGCGGCAUUGGAAUGGGGGCUACAGGAGUGCCACCACCGCUCCAUACCACUCGCGGCAGCUCGGGAGAUACGGGUAGCAAGGAGGAGCCGGAGUCUCACAAGUCUCCAAAGCCCGCAUAUACCCAAACGUAUCCAGGCUCACAAAGCAAUGGCUGGAGUUAUUCGUCGCCAUACGGGGGAGGGCAAACCAGCGGAUACGAAUCCGCAUACAGGAAGCCAUCGCCUUGGAGCACAUUCUCCCCUUCGUAUGACCCUGAAUGCCAUACUAUGCGAGAUGAGUAUAGUCAGAGCUACUACAGCGACUACUCGCAGCCCAGUUCCAAUCCGUAUUACCAACCUCGCAAACGAAGCUUUCCGGACCUAGGCAGCUAUUGUUCCUUUGGUACUCAGCCUCACCGCACCCCGGGCCAGUGGACACAGGAGUAUAAAAGCGCAAAGCCAAAGGCAACCAGGCCGACGCCGUUCUGGAUCCCCGAGCCCAUCAUUGAGGAGCCAGAUUCCCCCGAGACUUCGCCAGCCAAGAAGGCCAACCUGAUUGAGUUUAACAGCAUCGAGAUCUCUCCCAAGUCUACCACCAACACCGCCGAGAGCUCGUCUCCUGAACCUGUGCAGGAUGACGUGGAUCACGUUGCGGGAUCUGAAACGGACGGUGACUCUGAUGAGGAGAACGAUCUCAGCAACAGCAGCCUUGACACGCCAUCUCUUGAUUAA